AUGGCGACACCAGAAACUCAUCCCAUCCUACGGUUUAAUCCCGAGUCGAUGCAGUGGGAUAUGUGGAAAGAAAACCUCCACAGCUAUAUCGAAUUCGCCGACAUCCCCGUGGAGAAGCAGAAAGGGCUGCUUCUGAACUCGCUGGAGGUCAAGCCAUUCGAGAUGCUUGUCUCGAUGUGCAGGCCGACUGCCAUCACGGACAAGAAACUCACCAUAGAAAUGCUGCUGGCCAAAUUGGAUACAGUGUACAACAAGUACACAUUCAAGGUCGCGGAGUGGGCACACCUGUUCCGAACUGUCCAAGGGAAGGACGAAUCGCUGGCGGCAUACUCCAGCAGGUUACGGUACAGGAGUACCGUAUGCAAGUUUCCCGCUGACAUCAUCGACCCGAUGCUCAGCGCCGUCUUCAUAAACGGCAUCCAGUCGGAUUCCGUCCGCCGUCACCUACUGAUAAACGAAUACCAGACCCACGAAGAGACCCUGAACGCCGCCAGGAAGAUGGAAACCGGCAUUGAAGAAGCUACGGCCAGUACGUCCAGCCAAGACCGUGAAACUGUGAUGAAAGUCACAGCUAGCAGAAGGUCAACGGUUGUCAAGCAAAAGACAUCCAAUUCCAGUGGUCAAUCCAGUGCAAAUGGAAGCCACAAGCCACCCACCAGCAAUCAAAACGAGUCCGAUUCCGAUUCCAGUUCCCCUAAGCGAAGAUGCGAUUCCUGUGGAUCAACCGAUCACAUGCGCGAGCGCUGUUUCUACAGGAAACACGUAUGCCAUAACUGUGGGAAGAAAGGUCAUAUAGCAAAGGCAUGCCGCUCACAGAAGAAAUCCGACGUCGCUACGAAUAACUACAUUACGGAUUACGCACCGCGUCCUCCAUACGACAUACUGUGA